AUGGCUUACAACCUUCAAUCCCUCAUCACCAUCCUACAGGAAAUCCUUGAUCCUCAACAAACACGCUGGUAUUUUGAUCGCAACACACCACAACUCCGAACCCUACUCCAUAAAGCUGAGUCUCUGCAGCAGAUUCUUGAAAAGCCUUCACUCAACAAUAUACCAAGUAAUUUGGAGAGCCGAAUCAGAGAUGUUUCAUAUAAAGCUGAAGAUAUUAUUGAAUCAAACAUGGUUCAAUUGCUUUCCACACGUCGAGGCGGAAGGCUAACUUUCUCCACACCAUAUCUACACAGAGUAUUACAACAGCUUGAUUCUGCAACGGAACAAGUUGUGAAGACCAUCUCAACUGGCCUUUCAUCAUCCAGUGGCGCUUCAUCCUCACAUGAUCUGCAUCAAGCAAUUCAACAACUUGAAUCUAUUAAGCUCGUGGAGGUGGAGGAAAUUAAGAUUCCAGCUGGUGCUCCUUUGUCGAGCUCCAAGAGCGAUUUGGUGGGAGUUGAUGCAGAUCUGCUGCAGUUGAAGGAUCGACUUACAAAUAUGCAGACCAAGCUGCAGAUCAUCCCUAUUACUGGAAUGGGUGGCAUAGGUAAGUCCACUCUUGCUCGAAAUCUUUAUGAUGAUCAACUCAUUAUUACUCACUUUGAUUAUCGUGGUUGGGCUGCAAUUUCACAACUUCCCAAUAUGCGAGAUAUUCUAUUAAGUCUUCUUCGUCUCCCAAAUGGAAAGAUUGAUGAUGAACUAAAUGGAUGUAAUGAAAAUGAGUUGAAAGAUAUAUUGUAUAAGAGGUUGUUAGGGCGCAGAUACAUGAUUGUGUUAGAUGAUAUAUGGAGUACCAAGUUUUGGGAUGAGAUAAGGAUGUAUUUUCCAGACAACAAUGAUAGGAGUCGUAUUAUGAUCACCACCAGGGAAUCUGAUGUGGCCCAAUAUAUUGCAAACUCUAAGAGUAUGCAUCAUGACAUGCAAUUGCUUAAUAUGUCAGCAAGUUGGGAUCUACUUCGCCAAACAGUAUUUGGAGAAGAUGAUUGCCCUCUUGAAUUACAAGAGAUAGGAACUAAGAUUGCGAGUGAUUGCGGUGGGCUUCCACUAGCCAUUCAUGUGAUUGGUGGGCUAUUGUCAAAGGUCGAAAGAUCAAUAGAUGUGUGGGAGCAUCUUUCAACAAAUGUAAAAGAUUCAAUUGUUAAAUCUCAGGAGCGGUUCUCCAAUAUAUUUUCCUUGAGUUAUAACCACUUACCCAUUUACUUGAAACCAUGUUUCUUAUAUAUGGGAGCUUUUCCAGAAGAUUAUGAGAUUAAAGGAUCUAGACUUAUGAGUCUAUGGAUAGCUGAGGGAUUUGUGAAAUCUAAUGGUAAUAAGAGUUUGGAGGAAGUAGCUAAGGAUUAUUUAAAAGUUCUCGUGGAGAGGAAUCUGCUUUGGGUUAGAUGAAUAAAGUGCAAUGACAAAGCAUUGAGUUACUCUAUCCAUGAUCUUUUGAGGGAUUUAUGCAAAAGGAAAGCUAAUGAGGAGAAGUUUUUACACGUUAAGGAUUCGAUGAGGCAUGUAAGUGUUGACUCGUCAUAUGACAUGGAAGAUGUGUGUGCUUCACCACAAUUAAUGCCACUUGCCCGAUCUUUUAUAUGCACUAAAGAUAAGAUUAAUAUAUCUCCUGUUUUUGGCAUAUUAAGAUUAGUUAGGGUGCUAGAUGUAUUGGGUAUGAUAUUGGAGGAGUUCCCAAAAGAAAUAUUACAACUUGUGAACUUACGCUACUUAGCUAUCAACUGCUCUUCGGGUUUACCUAAGGGAAUAUCAAGAUUGCAUAAUCUGCAAACCUUGAUUUCUACACAUUAUGUGCCCUAUGUGCCAUCUGAAUUAUGGGAGAUGCAUGAGCUAAUACAUAUUAAGUUGAAGGGGACAAUACUCGCAAUCCCGAAGUUAUUAUAUGAUUUUAAGAAGCUGCAGACGCUUUCCAAGGUGAGGGUUACUCCUAUGCUGAUUAGUAGUGGCUUUUCUGAAAGAAUUCGAAAUAUCACAAACUUGGGAAUCCAUUAUGAAGACUCACCAAACAUUGAAGUUGAUCUUAGCCAUCUUCACAAGCUCGAAAUAUUGCAUUGCGGAUCUGAAUUGGAUAAAGAUGGUUGCCGUUUUCUGCACAAACUCAGAUUUCCAUCUAAUCUUAGAAAGUUAACUCUUGCUGGUUGUGUAGUAUUUAGGAGUUUGUUGACAACUCUGUGUACACUACCGAAUCUGGAAGUGCUGAAAAUAUAUAAAUGUGUAUUUGAAAGAGAGGGAGAGGCAGAGGAAGAGUGGGAGGUGACAGAAGGAGGUGAAUUUCACUCACUGUUGUUCCUACAGUUGCAAUCCUUAAAUCUGGUGCGCUGGAAAGCCGAUGAGACCAACUUCCCUAAACUCCGGACGCUGUUUGUAUACAAGUGCUAUAAGCUAGAGGAAAUCCCCAGCGCCAUUGGAGAUAUCUCAACUCUCCAACAUGUUGGUAUUUAUGAAUGCGGCGCUUCUAUAGUGGCCUCGGCACAACAAAUUCUAAAGGUGCAGCAAGAAGAGUACGACAACUUUGACCUCAAAUUGAUUCUGCGUUAGAACCCAAGAGCACAGGAAGCUUGCAAAAGCUGCUAUGGCUGCUGUCUUUGUACAUCUGGCUGGAGUGCUUCCACUUCAUCCAGUUUACAGUCAAAUCCUACUGUGUGAUCAUUCCCUUUGAAAUUUGGUUGACAUUCCAACUUGCUGAUGGAAAUAUUUCUCGACAUUAUUUACAUAUAUGGAUCAAGGCUGACAUGAAAGAGCUUACAUUACAACUGAUCUUUUUUGCAGAGGGGUUUUCUCGGUUUUUAUCUCAAGUCCAAGGGACUGCACGCAUUGUCUGAAGUAAUAAUCAAGGAGCGUAGAACGCGUUUGCUGGACUUGCCCGGGAAGACAAUCAAGCCCACUAAUGACUCAACAGUAUUCCUGAUGAGACACAAGGAGACUUACAUGGGUAACCUUGCCAAUUUAAUGACUAUUGGUCUUCAAGGAGUUAGUGUGAGGAUUCUGUAGAUUUUGAGAGGAAGGUAUUGCAAGACCAUGCUCCUUGCACCGUUCAACAUUGCCAGAGAAAGGUUCACGUCCUACAUGAGUACUUACAUCAUCGUGACUCCUAAUUUCAGAACAGAUUAUGCGAGGCAAGUGAAUAACAUGUUGAACAAGGCUCCCAGCAACGAGCAACACAAUGAGCCCGCGAGGAAGAAAAACAAGUUGAAUUGAGUUGAUUUGGAAUUGAAAAUAUGUUUUUUACAUGUUAAUGGUAGUUUUUGAAUAUUGAUAUUGGAAUGUUUUGGCUUGAGAAGCAAUCACUUUUGUUAAAAUGAAUUAUAAACAUUAGGAAUUUGUUUCAAGUUAUGAAACAUGGUAUUGCCAUUC